UGAGCUGGCUUAGGAGAGUUUAACGUGCUUAUAUCAUAGAUAUUAAAAGGGGGAAGAAACAUGAUGAAGAGCCGCCAUCAAUUUCGUCGACGUUUUAGCCUUCAGCCAUCUUCUCUCAAGGAGGAACAAGAAGAAGAAUUGCCGAAGAAUAAUAGCACCGAAAGGCUAUCAGAGGCGGACAGCAACAGUAGGAAGCAAACGGAAAGCUCGUUUCGUCACAAAAUCGUUGUAAUGGGAGCAGCGAAAGUUGGAAAAUCAUCGAUCAUCAGCCAGUUUCUCUACAACACAUUCUCAGCUAAAUACAAACGAACCGUAGAAGAAAUGCAUCAUGGCGACUUCAAUGUUUCCGGUAUCCAGCUAACUCUUGAUAUAUUGGACACUUCCGGUGCCUACGAAUUUCCGGCUAUGCGAGCACUCUCCAUUUCCUCAGCUGACGCCUUCAUUCUGGUUUACGAUGUCAACGAUUCUAAUUCCUUCCUUGAGGCGAAGGUUCUUCGGGCCCAAAUACUCGAGACCAAAGGUUACAGCGCGGUGCCGAUCGUCGUUGUUGGAAACAAAGUCGAUCUGGCUGACGAAAAUCGCGAGGUGGACAGGGAGAGCACAGAGGCGUUGGUGACCGUCGAUUGGGAAAACGGUUUCGUGGAGGUAUCAGCGAAGGAGAACACGAACAUAAACCAGGUGUUCAAGGAGCUGUUGAUACAGGCUAAGGUGAAGUACAACUUGAGUCCAGCUUUGCGCCGCAGACGACGGCAAUCCUUACCACCCCCUCAGCAUCUUAGCUCAAGAGUGAGCAGCGCCCACGUGCCGUCGCCUUCGCAGCUUCAGCAUCUCCAACAGAUCCGCGAACGAACCGACGCCAAGAGAAAUUCAUGCGUUAUUUCCUAAUCCUGUAAGUUACGUAGCGCCGAUAAUAGACUGACGAUUAAUGUGAAGAAAUAAAUGAAAAUCCUGAAAGUUAAUUAAGUAGCAGUUUAGCCUAUAUAUAUAUAUAUAUUAUAUAUAUACCUACUACAUUAUGUAAUACAUAAAACAUAUAAUAUAUAUAUACACUAUA